AUAAAAACGUCCCUCUAACACUGCCCAAAAAUACCCAGUCAAAUUCCCAUCAAAUAAAUACUCGGCGCUAUUCAGUUAUUCUAGAAAAUUCUUUCUCAUUCGAUCAAGCUUUCGCUCUCGCUUUCUAUUUCUCUCUGCAGUCAUGGAGUUUUGGGGUGUUGAGGUAAAAAGUGGGAAAUCACUCAAGGUUGACCCAGAAGAAAACAAGAUUAUCCAUCUUUCAUCGGCAUGUCUGGGGGAGGUCAGCAAGGAUAAAGGGAAUGAACCAGUAUCCCUAUAUGUGAAGUUUGGUGAUAAGAAGGUUCAACUUGGAACACUAUCUUCAGAAAAAUUUCCUCAGACAUCUUAUGAUUUGGUAUUUGAGAAGGCAUUUGAGCUAUCCCAUAACUGGAAAUAUGGAAGUGUCUUCUUUACUGGAUAUAAGUUUGAAUCUGCGAACGUGUCUGAUGAUGAGGAUGAAGAUUCUGAUGAUUCUGAUGAGGAAGAUAUUCCAAUUAACGUUGCUGCCAAUGGGAAACAUGAGUUUGAGGUGAAGAGUGAUGCCAAACCCCAUGUUAAUGGAACUAAACAAAAGAAAACAUCGGAUCAAAUAAAGAAUGAAAAGGAUGUUAGUGAUCAAGAUGACGAAGAAUCAUCUGAAUCUGAAUCUGACUCUGAUGAGGAUUCUGGUGAAGAGAAGCCUGCCACCAAUGGACAUAUUGGAAUUAGUGAAGAUGACGAUGAUAGCGAUGAGGACGAUGAUUCUGAUGAUUCUGAUGAGGAGGAGACACUGGUGAAGGCUGAAGGGAGCAGUAAGAGAGUUCAUGAAUCUUCAAAGAAAACUCCUGUACCUGUGAAGAAGGCAAAGUUUGUUACUCCUGAGAAGAAUGGUGGCCCUAGUGGUAGUGUCCAUGUUGAUACUCCUUACCCUAAGCAGGCUCUAAAAUCAGCUAAUAACAAGCAGCAGACUCCAAAGUCAAAUGGGGAUUACAGCUGCAAACCUUGUAACAGGUCAUUUAAGAGUGAAGAUGCCCUGGGUUCUCAUAAUAAGGCCAAGCACAGUGCCAAGUGAGCAUCUUGAUGCUGUUGGAUCUAGGGUGACUUCGAAAUACACACCUGUUGAUUUAGGAAAGCUGGCCGAUGUUCUUUAUGUUAAGAGAAUUAUUCAAUCUGGAUUAUCAAGAUUGAAUCCUGACUUUGAUUUUAUGGUCAUAUUCAGUUACGGGUUAUUUGGUUCCAAUGUGGUUGGGAGUUUCAGACAUAUUGCAAUGGAUUUGUUUGAUCUCACUUGAUUUUUAAGAAUAUCAUAAUACCGUUCCAAUUAAA